GCGCCGUCCGAGGUUGCGAGAACACCAGUCCAUGCAUGCGCUCUAGUCCUUCUUCCCCAAAACACACAUAACAUGGCAGGUCCAAAGGUACAGGAAAGUACCGGCAGUGGUCCCGUGACUAAACGCCAGAAGACACAGAGCAAUGGCGAAACGAGCUCUGCGUCGCUGGUCCGCCAGUCUAAGAUAUUUGCGCCGUUCCGAACUGUUGGUCUAGUGUCGCCUACAGGCGUUCCCUUUACUACACUUCCCCUCGGCAAGACUACCUUCCAAAUCACAACCUCCGUCGGCCGCUCUCUCCAAACCUACGAUCUCAAGCGCGGACUCAACCUUGUCUUUAUAACUCGACCGCAGACACCCGAGGAUAUCACUGCGACUGUGGCAUGGAAGAAGGUCGUAUUUGCAGCCUGGUCAAGUCCCAAGUCGAAAACCCAGGCUGGCGUGUGGGUGUUUCAGCGCGGAAAAAAGACUGCAGAGUUGGAGCUACCACGCGGCGGCAUACAGCGCAUCACAAGGCUAGUAGUCCUGGGAGAAUGGAUUGUAGGAUGUGGCAAGACCGAAAUCGAGAUCUGGAGGACAGCUACCUUGGAGCACUACACGACCCUACAGGGCGCCUCUUCCAGUGCGCUCUCUGGCUGCAUCUGCAACAUGCCUACCUACUUGAACAAGAUAUUCGUGGGCCGAGCCGAUGGGUCUGUUGAGAUUUGGAACAUCAGCACCGGAAAGCUGCUUUACACACUCCUCCCACCAGCAGCAGACUUUGGCGCUGUAACUGCACUACAGCCGACGCCCGCUUUGUCGCUCCUCGCUAUCGCAUACCAAUCAGGUCCAAUCACGAUACACGAUAUCCGUGCAGACAAAGAGAUCAUGCGCCUGAACACGGGUGGCUCGCGGAAACCCUCAGUGACUUCCAUCUCCUUCAGGACCGACGGACUGGGUGCCGGCGACGAUGGUCGCGAAGACGGUGUCAUGGCAACAGCUAGUCAUGAAAGCGGCGACAUCACCUUCUGGGACCUCAACAAAGGUGGUCGUAAAACUGGUACCCUCCGAGGGGCUCAUGGGCCGCCUCCAUCUGCGAGCGGAGGUGUCGGUGGUGGUAUCAGUAAGAUUGAAUUCCUCGCGGGGCAGGCGGUCAUUGUAUCGAGUGGCUUGGACAACUCGUUGAAGAGCUGGAUUUUUGACGAAACACCCUUCUCACCCCUACCGCGCAUUCUGCAUUCUCGCGGCGGUCAUGCUGCACCAGUCUCAACUCUCCGCUUCCUUCCUUCCAACUCGGACGGCUCUGAUGAUGUCGGCAAAUGGCUUCUCAGCGCUAGCAAAGACCGAAGUCUCUGGGGCUGGAGCUUGCGACGAGAUGGACAAAGCACAGAGCUUAGCCAGGGUGCUAUCCAGAGGAAAGCAAAGAAGAUGGGGCUGCUCAAUGGAAAUUCCGAGGCGUCCAAACAUCAUGUCAAGUUGGAAGAUUUGAAAGCUCCAGCAAUCACCUGCAUGGCUUGUUCUCUCAAUCGCGACGGUGGCAUGGGUGCGAUGCCUGGCGUAGCGGGUAUAUGGAAUAACUCAUCCAAGGUCAAGGGGCAGGAUAAGAAAGCUAUAGAAGUUAACAUGACUGGAUGGGAGAGCAUCGUCACAGGGCACGCUGGUGACAAGACUGCAAGAACCUGGUUCUGGGGCCGUAAACGGGCCGGCCGAUGGGCUUUCGACACAGGCGAUGGUACAGAAGUCAAGAGUGUUGCAAUCUCGUCUUGCGGCACGUUUGCCGUGAUCGGAUCUGCAGGUGGCUCCAUUGAUAUGUACAACCUUCAAUCUGGCCAAUUCCGACGCAGGUUCCCAGCUCGACUCACUCCAGUGGAAGCAAAACAGCACAAACUUCGACAAUUACAGGCCGAAGAGGCUCUAGAGUUUGCGGAUGAUGCACCUCGGAAGUUUGCAAAGGGAGAAGGCAAGCACAAAGGAGCCAUCACUGGUCUCGCUGUAGACGCUCUCAAUCGCACGCUUUUAAGUUGUUCCGACGAUGGCAAAGUCAAGUUCUGGGAUUUUGCUACGGGCAUCCUACUUCACGAGAUUGAUUGGUACCCUAUGACGAAGAUCAAUGGUCUGCGCUACCACCGGAACAGUGAUCUGAUAGCACUAAGCUGUGACGAUGGCUCGAUCCGCGUAUUGGACAUCACAACCAAGAAACUCAUUCGAGAAUUAUGGGCAUCCCAAUCCCAUGUUGCACUGCAAACCCUCGAUUACACCUUUUCGAGUGACGGCCGAUGGAUCAUUUCUGCUGCCUCAGACUCCACCGUCAGAGUUUGGGACUUACCAACCGGCCAUCUCAUUGAUGCUAUGAAGCUGCCCAAAAAGUGCAACACCGUGGCAUUCUCACCUUCGGGUGAGUUCCUUGCCACCGGCCUAGACGGCGAAGUAGGUGUGCAUAUCUGGACAAACCGAACACUCUUCACGCAUGUAUCAACCCGUCAAAUAACAGAGGACGACAUUGCCGAGGUCAGCGCGCCAACAGCAUCUGGCGAAGGCGGUGUCGCUAUCAUUGAAGCUGCCACCGAAGAGCAGGCAGAGGAUGAGGAUCAGGAUGAAGUUACCGUUCCGGUCAUGGACCAACUCAGCGACAAGAUCACAACACUGAGCUUGGUUCCAAAGUCCCGCUGGCAAACCCUCUUACACCUUGACGUUAUCCGUGCCCGCAACAAGCCCAAAGAGGCUCCGAAAGCGCCAGAAAAGGCCCCCUUCUUCCUCCCGUCACUUGGUCAAAACCAGGUUUCGGGAGCAGAAGACAAUGCUCUCGCGCCACUCGAUCAAGAUCCGAAGUCUCGCAUCUCCAGCUCUGCGCUUGCUUCGCGCUCUAGCGCCGCCACAUCUACUGAUGUCUUCAGCCGUCACCUUGUACAUGCGACCGAAACCGCUGACUACACUCCUCUCCUAACUCACCUCUCUUCACUCCCGCCUUCGGCAGCGGAUAUUGCAAUUCGCACUCUUGAUACAACGGAGCCAUACACAGAGCUGCGAACGUUUAUCGAAGCGUUGACCGCGAGACUCCAAGAAGGCCGAGACUACGAGCUUGUACAAGCUUGGAUGAGCGUAUUUCUGCGACUCCAUGGAGAUAUUGUUGUCAAAGACUCUGACCUAGUAGGCGAGCUAAGGAAGUGGCAGGAGGAGGCGAAGAGAGGACGCGAAAGGGUGGGCGGAUUAGUGGGAUACAGUGUCGGUGUAGUAGGAUGGGUUCGAAGUGCGCGAUGAGUCUUUCACAUGUGCACUUAGUUUAGCAUGAUGUAUAUACUCUUGUUCACAGCUGACGCUGGGACUCUAACAAAAGCGGCAUGCAGAUUGAAUUUUCAGGUUGUCUUUUCACUGCCAUUGCAUAUCCUC